CCAGAAGAAGAAGAGGAGAAGGAGGAAGAGAAGAAGGAGGAGGAAGAGGAGAAGGAGGAGGAGGAAGAGAAGGAAGAGGAAGAGGAGAAGGAGGAGGAGGGGGAGGCCACAAACUCAACAGUCCCCAGGAUCACACCUCUGCCUGACACCUACGGGACCCAGUACUAUGGCUAAACCAGGCCUGAACAUGGAGCUGAAUCGCCUGGUCCAGGACCAGCCACCUGGCCAGGAGGGCCCCAGACCUGGCCCCCCAAACCCAGCCGAGCACCUCCCCAAUGUGCCCAGCUACCGUCCCGCAACCACCCGCAUCCCCGUCCUCGUCUCCCGGAGGACAGCCUUGUCCAACUCCAACUUCACCAAGGAGAUCAGGAGCUCCAUCCGUCGCCUGGUACCAGCCACGAAAGAGCACCCAGAGCUCCAGGUGGAAGACACAGAUGCCGAAGCUGGCCCCCUCAUCCCAGAGGAGACGAUCCCGCCACCUGAGAGACCACCAGUGUCUCCCGCCAAGUCUGACACCCUCGCGGUUCCCGGCGCAGCAACCCACAGGAAGAAGCUACCUUCUCAGGACGAUGAGGCUGAAGAACUCAAGGCCCUGUCACCGGCUGAGUCCCCAGUGGUUGCCUGGUCAGACCCCACCACCCCACAGGAGGCUGAUGGCGAGGACCGUGCGGCCUCCACAGCCAGCCAGAACAGUGCCAUCAUCAACGACCGGCUCCAGGAGCUGGUGAAGAUGUUCAAGGAGCGGACAGAGAAGGUGAAGGAGAAGCUCAUUGACCCUGACGUCACCUCCGAUGAGGAGAGCCCCAAGCCCUCCCCAGCCAAGAAGGCCCCAGACUCAGCCCCAGCCCAGAAGCCGGCGGAGGCAGAGGCGGCAGAGGAGGAGCACUACUGUGACAUGCUCUGCUGCAAGUUCAAGCGCAGGCCCUGGAAGAUGUACCAGUUCCCCCAGAGCAUCGACCCACUGACCAACCUCAUGUACAUCCUGUGGCUGUUCUUCGUGGUGCUGGCCUGGAACUGGAACUGCUGGCUGAUUCCUGUGCGCUGGGCCUUCCCGUACCAGCGGGCAGACAACAUCCACCUCUGGCUGCUCAUGGACUACUUGUGCGACUUCAUCUACCUCCUGGACAUCACCGUGUUCCAGAUGCGUCUCCAGUUUGUCAAAGGCGGGGACAUCAUUACAGAUAAGAAGGAGAUGCGUAAUAAUUACCUGAAGUCUCAACGAUUUAAGAUGGACUUGCUCUGCCUUUUGCCUUUGGAUUUUCUCUACUUGAAACUUGGCGUGAACCCCCUUCUUCGCCUGCCCCGCUGCCUGAAGUACAUGGCCUUCUUUGAGUUUAAUAACCGUCUGGAAGCCAUCCUCAGCAAAGCCUACGUUUACAGGGUUAUCAGGACCACCGCCUACCUGCUGUAUAGCUUGCAUCUCAACUCCUGUCUUUACUACUGGGCGUCGGCCUUCCAGGGCAUCGGUUCCACUCACUGGGUUUAUGACGGCGUGGGGAACAGCUACAUUCGAUGCUACUACUGGGCUGUGAAAACUCUCAUCACCAUCGGAGGACUGCCCGACCCCCAGACGCUCUUUGAGAUCGUCUUCCAGCUGCUGAAUUAUUUUACAGGUGUCUUCGCUUUCUCUGUGAUGAUUGGACAGAUGAGAGAUGUGGUGGGGGCCGCCACGGCAGGGCAGACGUACUACCGCAGCUGCAUGGACAGCACGGUGAAGUACAUGAACUUCUACAAGAUCCCCAGGUCUGUGCAGAACCGCGUCAAGACCUGGUAUGAGUACACCUGGCAUUCACAAGGCAUGCUGGAUGAGUCAGAGCUGAUGGUUCAGCUUCCGGACAAGAUGCGUCUGGACCUGGCCAUUGACGUAAACUACAACAUUGUCAGCAAAGUGGCGCUCUUCCAGGGCUGCGACCGGCAGAUGAUCUUCGACAUGCUCAAGCGACUUCGCUCAGUCGUCUACCUACCCAAUGACUAUGUGUGCAAGAAGGGGGAGAUUGGCCGAGAGAUGUAUAUUAUCCAGGCGGGGCAGGUGCAGGUGCUGGGCGGCCCAGAUGGAAAGGCUGUACUGGUGACACUCAAAGCCGGAUCGGUGUUUGGAGAGAUAAGCUUGCUGGCUGUCGGGGGCGGUAACAGGCGCACGGCCAAUGUGGUGGCCCACGGCUUCACCAAUCUCUUCAUUCUGGAUAAGAAGGACUUGAAUGAGAUUUUGGUGCAUUACCCUGAAUCUCAGAAGCUGCUCCGGAAGAAGGCCAGGCGCAUGCUCAGAAACAACAACAAACCCAAGGAGGAGAAGAGUGUGCUCAUCCUGCCCCCACGUGCGGGCACCCCGAAGCUCUUCAAUGCUGCCCUGGCUGCAGCAGGAAAGAUGGGCCCCAGGGGAGCCAAGGGCGGCAAGCUCGCCCACCUGAGAGCCAGGCUCAAAGAACUGGCUGCACUGGAGGCAGCCGCACGACAGCAGCAGCUGCUGGAACAGGCCAAGAGCUCGCAAGAAGCCGGGGGAGAGGAGGGCUCUGGAGCCACAGACCAACCUGCACCCCAGGAGCCGUCAGAGCCCAAGGAGCCCCCGGAGCCCCCAGCCCCGAGUUCUCCACCGCCAGCCUCAGCAAAGCCCGAGGGAAGCACGGAGGAGGCCGCAGGGCCGCCGGAGCCUUCAGUGAGGAUCCGUGUGAGUCCAGGCCCUGAUCCCGGGGAACAGACACUAUCGGUGGAGAUGCUGGAAGAGAAGAAGGAGGAGGUGGAGUGAGGUGCAUUCAGCACCCUGAUCCCAUCCCUAGGUGCGGACCAGACCUUUGAACCACCUGCCUCACCAAGCAUCUUAGCCUAAAGGCGCCUUCUCACCGGCUUAUAGAAACUCUCAAAUUUCAUCAAGUAGUGGUGGUGACCUCGAGCUCCUAACAUUCCCGGAGCACCCUGCUCCCCUCUCACAGUUGCUAUUUUCUAGAAGAAAACCGCCUUGCACUUUAAAAAAAAAAAAAUUUGAGGAGAGAAUAGAAGAGAACUCCAACAUCGAGGAGAAUUCUACUAGAAAAAUGAAGUGUUGAUGAUAGGGCAGGGUCGCCACCAGAACUGGAGUCCCACUGAGCUCCUGUAAACCCAGAACCCGAAGCGGUCCCGGGGUUCAAGGUCAACCAGGGAUACAAACAAACCAAUAGCAAAGCGGCUUGGGACUUCCCAAGCAUCUCUAAGCCAGUGGGUUGUGACCCCAAAGACCUUUCCACGGGGGUCGCCUAAGACCAUUGGAAACAUCAGAUAUUUACAUUAUGAUUCAUAAUAGUAGCAAAAUGACAAUAAUAAAGUAGCAAUGAAAACAAUGGUGGGGGGUGGCCACAACAGGAGGAACUGUGUUAAAGGGUCACAACAUUAGGAAGUUUAAGAACCACUGCUCUAAGCUGGUCCAGAUCCUAGCAGUAAACGCAGUACGUUUACUGCAGGGGAUCCCGGUUAAUGCUUGCUACAGGUAGUGAAGGCCGCAUUAUCGUCUUACCCCUUUAAAGUGUUGCUUAUCUUAGUAGGUAAUGAUACAAAAGCUCUCCGUGCUACUCUGGUAAGCACUCCUAGCAUUUAGAGAGUAUGCCUGUAGCUGGGCCUCAUGGAGGCUAGACGAUCACAAGUUCGAAGUCAGCCUGGGUUAGGUAGCAAUAUCCUAUCUCAAAAGGGGAAAUGUAAUGGUUCACUGGUGAUGACAGCACAGUCCCUUAUCCAAACGCAUGGUGACAUCUCAGCCGCUGCUCAUCAGUGAGCAUUUAGAUUAAUCGCACACCGUCAAGAAUAGCAUCACAGGGUUGCUGAGAGAGCUCAGGGGGCAAAAGCCCUUGUCACCCCACCAAGCAAACCUGAUGACCUGAGUUACUACACUUGAUCUUAGCCAAAAGGCCGAGAAGCGAUCUGAUGACCUGAGUUAAAUCUCUGAAAUCCACUUGAAGCUGCAAAGAAUCAGCCGCAGAAAGUCGUCUCAGCAAAUGCACGCGUGCGUGCGAGAGCUCACGCAGCUUGUUUCCCCGGUGCCUCCACGUGAGCGCCUGCUUCGUGUGGGCUCUGUUUUCUGUGAAUGGGCCUGCCCUUUUAGAUGCUUGUCCUUGGGGAUGUCUUGCUUAUUAUAUGAAGCAAGAGGUUCCUGCAGUUCCUGGAAAGAACAUUAAUUUUGAAAUGGGAUCGGCAGGGUCUUAAUUUCGCUGAGCUGUCUCAUUUAAGGUGAGACUCACGGAAACAAGAUAUUGGGUAAACUGAGUCGGAGACCGGCGCUAAUCUCCAGUCUGAAUUGGACCGGCUGGCCGCUGGGGCAUGAAUGACGUAGUUCAGAGAUUGCUGUAAUCCUGGAGUCUGAACAGAACAUGGAUGUGUGACAGUUGAUUCUUUGAAUCUCCUCAGCGUGUCUUGCGUUGAUAAUUUGAUUGAUAAAGAACAGCAUACCACCUUUUUUUUUUAAAAAAAGAAACCACACAAAUAUUUUAAAUAGAACUGAAACCAAGAAGCUACUUAAAACUUCAUUAUCAAAAUAUGCGCAGCCAUCAGAACUAGUCUAAGCUGUUUUCUCAGCUAACACAAAUACUUUCUGUACACACCGGCUUUCACAGCAAAUUUUAAUUAAAGAGUUUAGACAAA